AUAAAAUCUACGGCUUCGGUUUUUUCCCUUUGGUCUUCCCUAGACUCCUAAACCUAGAAAUCCAGAAGACAGAGUCGUUCCUCAUAAAAAGGCCUACCGGAAACGAUAAGGAAAAGAGGUCGGAGAGAGUCAACGAUGUGCUGCGGGGAAGACGGCGAUUGCCGGCCGCUAGGAUUCGUGUUGGGCCUUCCUUUCGCUUUCAUCUGCCUUCUCCUCUCUCUCGUCGGCGUCGUCGUAUGGAUCCUCGGGAGUAUGGUAACAUGCGUGUGCCCGUGUUGCGUAUGCGUGCCGUGGAUAAUAGAGAUGGGCGUGGCAUUGAUAAAGGCUCCCUUUUCGGUCAUCAAGUGCUUUACUGAGAAAAUACCUUGUUAAGUUAAUUAAUUAUGUAAUUACGGUGGGAGAAAAUUCCUUAAAUAGGAGUUUUUUUUUUUUGAAAUUUCAAAGUAGGACUAUCAUUUUUAUUUCAAAAUAGGAGUAAAUUUCUACCAAGUUUGGCAUUACUUAGCUUUAAACAUGACAUUUUUUUUUUCAAAUGUGGCAGAAUUACUCCUAUUUAGAGAAUAAAAACAUGAAAGUUCUAUUUUAAAAUUUCAAAAUGUUUUUACUCUUAUUUAAGACAAUUUCUGUUAGUAUGGUCUACUCAACUCUCAUCUUUUCCAUUCUGUUUAUAGUAUUUAAUUCUUUUGGAGUUGAGGAUUAACUCACCAUAUUUACACAUUUACGCCAUAGAUGAUUUCUUAUGAUUUAUGUAUAUAUGAAUCUUACUCUCGGUUUGAUUGGGUUGCGAGGAUGGUUAAGUAAUAGAAGGGC